UGAGACAAAACUGUUACUACAAGAGAAAGUAUUGCAUUUAACAGAACAUGAAGAAGAGAAUGAGAAACUGAAAGAAAUUAACAAGUUACUAGAAGAGCAGCUUGCUUUAUUCCAAUCUGAGAAAGAAAGGAAAGAAGUGGAGAAGACUGGAGCAGACAAAGAAGAGCAGCAAAAAGAAAUUGAUACAAUUAUGGCAGAAAAUGAAAAAUUGCAAGCAGACCUUGUUAACAAGAAACUAGAAACAGAUGAAAAUGAGGAGACAGUUCAAAUGACAAAAUUAAAAUUGACUCGAGUUCCAACACUGCAUGAUGACUGGAGAGAAUCACACACUCUACCAGUAGAAGUAUUGAUGACAUCUUUUGCUUCUCAUCAUAAAAGCAAUGACCAUUGGUACAGCCCAAGCUUCUACUCUCACCAAGAAGGAUACAAGUUGUGUCUAAGCGGAGUGAGAGCAAAUGGAGAGUCAGAAGGAAGUGGAACACAUCUCAGCAUUCAUAUCCAUUUGAUGAGAGGUGACCAUGAUGAAACAUUGAAAUGGCCAGUCAGGGGAAAAGUAAAACUAGAGCUAUUUAUAUGGGGACUUCAUAUGUGUUUUAAAACCCUACUGUUACCAGUAACUGCAGUAACUUGGUAACUGAACUAUUAGCUUAAAUGCUAAAGAUUGUAUUACUUAUUUUGUCAUUCUGGUUAUGCUAUAUCUCCAAGUGUUAGUGCAGAAUUCUA